AUGAAAGUGUUUUUUGCCGCCUUGUUAAUAUUGGGCUCAAGUUUUGCAUCGCGUCUUAUAAAUUCUGAAUGCAAUGUUAGCUGCAUUUUUGCGCUGAUCCUUUGCGCAAAAAAAAGACUCCCUCUGAAUUGUCUUAAUUCAGACAAUAAGUUUGCAUCUUUUUUAGAUGAGCUAUACAAAUUGUUUCAAACGGUGGCAAAAAGUGAAAGAUCGCAAGAAGAUUUGAAGACACUUCAAGAUGUUUUCCAAAUCUACAGGUCUGCUUCCAAUACAAUACGAAGGCAGGAUCAAAGAGGCAGAGAAAGUCUUACCUGCCUAAUAUGCCGAAGCGGCAUCGCAGCGUUCUUCGAUCUGGUUCUUAAAGGAGCAACUGAUGACACAGUUAUUAAAUCUGCGGAAGUAAUGUGCAGGUCUCUGGGAUUCUUGAAGCCUGAAUCUUGCCGUGGUGUUCUCGAAUUAAAUGUCCCGAUAUUUACCCACAUCAUUAAGACAACACCCGAAGCUACACCGAGGACAUUUUGCGCACUAGUUUUACAAAAGGACGAUGACCCUAAUUACUGUACGAUCCAGGACCCCAGAUUUAAUUGGACAGUUAAUUUACCGGAACGUCAUGACAUCACAAACGUUAAGGUUUCCAAUUCGAGGCCAAGUCCGCUUACAAUAGCUCUUAUCACAGAUGUGCAUAUAGAUCCACUUUACGAGCCAAAUGGAGUGGCCGAUUGUGACGAACCAACUUGCUGUAGGAAAGGACAAAUAUCACGCACGCAAACAGAUGUAGAUAAAGAUACAGAGGAAUUUAUAACUGAAGAUUAUAUAUCAAAAUUUGAUGAAGAGAAACUACUCGAUUUGGACAUUGCCAAGGCAGUAAAGUAUAGAAAGAGAAGGACAAGAGAAAAACGAGAUACUUCGCCGGCAGGGUUCUGGGGUGAUUAUCGAAAUUGCGAUACACCAUAUUGGGCCUAUGAUGACGUUAUUAAGAGAAUUGCUUCUGCCCACAGGAACGUAGAUGUUGUUUACUACAUGGGAGACAGCAUCGACCAUCACGUGUGGGAGACCACGUACGAUUUAAUAAAAGAAAUAAACUCUUACACAAUCGACGUAAUGCGACAGGAAUUCGGGGACAAUGUUACUAUCAUACCAACAAUUGGAAACCAUGAAUCUCAACCUACAAAUCAGUUCGCACCUAUUACCGUCAAAGGAGACAAACUGAACACCACCUGGCUGUACGACAGCUUGGCGAGGAAAUGGGACUUUUACUUGACCGAGGAAGCAAAAGCCUCUGUACGUAAAUUGGGUGCCUUCUCAAUACUAAUCCGACCUGGUCUGCGAGCCAUCUCAGUCAAUACCAACGUUGCAUACAAACUCAAUUGGUGGCUUGUCUAUGAUCCAUCAGACGCCAAGAAGCAUUUAGAUUGGUUGGUCGAACAACUGCACGAAGCUGAGUUAGCGGGUGAGAAGGUACACAUAUUGGCUCAUAUACCUCCAGGGGUGGACGACCUUACGCACACGUGGACUCGAGAGUACAACAGGAUAGUUAAUCGAUUCUCUGCAACGAUAGCUGCCGAGUUUAACGGACAUACGCAUUCUGACGAGUUUAAGAUAUUCUACAGCACAGAAGACGGAUCACCUAUUAACGUGGCCUGGGGAGCCGGUAGUGCCUCCACAUACACAAACUACAAUCUCAACUAUAAGAUAGCUACCUUUGCUCCGACCACUUUCGAGCCGCUCAACAUCGCGAACUACAUAUACAAUCUCACGGAAGCGAACCUCAGCCCGGGCAAUCGUCCACGUUGGUUCCAACUGUACGACGUAAAGAACUCUUUCGGUCUUUCCGACAUAUCUGCUAAAUCUAUGGAUAAGUUGGUGAAAGGAAUGGUGACCGACAAGUCGUUCUUGUUAGCAAUGUAUUCUGCGUUCUUCUCAAAACUGAGUGAUUCUCAGCCUUAUUGUGACGAUGAGUGUAAAAUUGACAAGGUUUGCAAUACUGUUAUUACGGUGCUGUGGGAACGAGAGAAGUGUGAAGAACUGCGACGAUUAUUCUUUUCAUAG